AUGGCGCCCUUGAGGAGGUUCUCCGCCGCCGAGAAGGGGAAGGCAGCACUGGAAGAGUUGGAACCGACGACGUCGGCGAGGGGGAGGGCCGUCCUUGCACUACCGCCGCCACACCCGGGACACCUCCCCGGGGACGCGGGCGGCCUCCACUCACGCCCUACGCCGGCUCCAGUAGCUGCAGGAACCACUGCGCCUACGGGCGCGGGCGCGGGGAGCGAGGCUGUCGCGGCCGGAGCGGGCAGGGCGGCGCAACCCAGCCGCCCUGCGCGUGGAGCCACUCCGCCGACGCGGCCUGCGAGUUCAUAG